AAAGCGAAAAUGAUUAUACCAGUAUAUUCAUAGAUAGACCGAGGACUGUAUCUGUAUGUUUUACUUGUAUUGUUUAGUAGAAAUUUGCCCUUUUUUUCACUUUUGCUCUAAUUAUUGUUAAACAAAUUGAAGUUGUAAAUCUUAAUUGGUUUAGGUUUUAUGAUAUUUUUAUAUCAUGAAUUAUUAAAAGCUGAGAUAAGAAAUGAGAAUGAAAAGAUGAAAAAAGGAGAACAUGGGGAACCCUGGGCUUGGGGCUAUAUACAUAGUUACAUAGACAGUGAUGCUAAUGUUGUUGUACUGCACUGCUGUUCCAUAUUGUGGGUGGCUUCACUUCACUGCUGUUCAGUAUUGUUGUUUCUGCAGAGUACAGUAAUGGGAGGAAAGAGAAAAAAGAGUGAAAGUGAAAGAGGUGGAAAUGAGGACAAGAAGGAUAAGCAAAAGAAUGAAAUGCUACCUUCCAUGAUUAAGAACAAGGAGAAGAGGUCGGCAGUUCAUGCGAAGCUUAAACAUGAGAAGAAGCUGGAGAAGAAUAAGAAGGCUAAGGCUCGGAAUGCCGCUGAGAAGCGUGCUCUUGAGCUUGGUGAGGAGCCUCCGCCAAAGAAGAUCCCUCGAACAAUUGAGAACACCAGGGAAUUCGAUGAGACAGUAUGCAGGCCCGAUGAUGAAGAGCUAUUUGCUGGAAAUGAUGCUGAUGAAUUUAGUUCAAUAUUAAAGUGUGGACGCACUCCAAAAGUGCUAAUCACUACUUGCCGUUACAAUUCUACUAGAGGACCUGCAUUUGUAUCAGAAUUACUUUCAGUGAUCCCAAAUGCACAUUAUUAUAAGAGAGGAACCUAUGACUUGAAAAAGAUUGUAGAAUAUGCAAAUAACAAGGACUUCACUUCUAUUGUUGUUGUUCACACCAAUCGUAGGGAACCAGAUGCGCUUCUAAUCAUUGGAUUACCAGAUGGACCUACUGCACAUUUUAAGUUGUCAAGACUUGUGUUACGCAAGGAUAUUAAGAAUCAUGGAAAUCCAACUAGUCAUGAGCCUGAGCUUGUCUUGAAUAACUUUACAACACGGCUAGGUCAUCGUGUUGGAAGAUUAAUACAGUCACUUUUCCCACAAAAUCCAGAUUUUCAUGGUCGGCGAGUUGUAACUUUCCACAAUCAGCGAGAUUUUAUAUUUUUCCGGCAUCAUCGGUAUAUUUUUGAAACCAAAGCAACUAAACAGACAGAUUCAAAAAGUAAAAAGACCAAGGAUGUCAAGGGUGAGAACAUCUCUCAAGAGAAAGUAAUUGCCCGUCUUCAGGAGUGUGGCCCUCGUUUCACACUGAAGUUAAUCAGCCUGCAGCAUGGAACAUUUGAUUGUAAAGGCGGGGAAUAUGAGUGGGUUCACAAGCCGGAAAUGGACACUAGCCGAAGGAGGUUUUUCUUGUGACUUGCUUUGAAAUUUUGCUCUCAACGUUUCUUUGUCAUGGAACAAAAGCAUUUUUGUUGUAGAGAGCUCAUACACUGUCAUGAGUGGUCGUGGAAUAUGUUGCUACCAUCUUCAAUAUGCUAGAGAAUUUUGACACAAAAACAUUUAUGCUGUCAUGGAUUUCUUUGUUAGGAAAUUUGCAUGUUGAAAAGUGCAAAAGUACCAAGUUUAGUAGAAGAUUAACAUUUAUUUAUUAUUUUCAUCAUGUAAUUGUUAGUCCUUGAAAUAUGUAUCUCUUCUUUUCGCAA